AUGGGUGCAAUGUGCACUAACAGAUAAGUACCUUUGAGGCAAAGAGGACCAAUGACAGCUUAAUUAAAGCCUUUCUUUGACUAAGACUGCUAUGAGUAAAUAGAUCACAUUAUCGAAAAUUAUAAGUCAGAGUUAAGGGUGCUUAGGAAAAAUGAUGAUUAGAAAAACCAAUCCAAGGUUCUUAUUGUCUUAUUUGGAUCUUACUGUGAGAUGAUAAAGGACAUUAUAUUCAAAUCAAGACUAGAAGACAGAAAGAAGCUGAUAACUGAGUUAGAUAAUUUAUAAGAUUAAGAUUACCAAGUAAAUCUGAAAAUACUCAGAUCUCGGUACAACAAAAUAUUAAGAGAGAUGUUCACUGAUGUGAGUAAAUCUGUGACUGAUAUGCAGGUUGAGACUUCAUAGAUACUCUAGCUACCCUCUGAUAGGCUUGUGCAGAUGCUUGACCUAUCACAGUUCAACGAUGAUGAAACUAACGAACUUCAGUUUAAAAUUGAUACCAAGUUACAAUCAAUUAAGAACAAUGUUAAAUCACCAGAAACUCCUUAGAGGAAAAGAAGAAGGGACAUAAAAGUAAAUGCAUCGGAAGAGAAAAGCAAAGGGCGUGAGUACAUUCUGAAUGAAUAGUUUGAAAAGAAAAUCAAUGAUUAAUCAUAAUUAACCGAGGAACUUUGUAGAGAAAUUCUUGAAUACACUGAAGACAUCCAGAGAGAGUAAAUAAUGUGUAAGGGAAGUCCAAACAGGAAGGAAUAGGAUUAAUUUUCAAAUGAUGACAUAUCAAGUAGUUUCAGUACUACUGACAAAGAAUUUAAUGAAGAAAUCAACCAAAUUGCUAUAAAUGGUUUCGAAAUAGAAGAUAGACUGUUCAUUAGAUAUGGUAUAACUUAUGAUCAGUUCAGAGAUGCUCUCGAAAGAUUUAACAUUGACACAUAUGAUGAGGAAUUUGAUAAUUAGGAACAUCAUGAUAUUUGA